AAAGUUUUUAUAGAUUUCAAGAUCAAACCUAACUCUCUCGUCAACCAAUGACAACAAUGUGGAACAUUUCAUCUCCUCGUUUUGCAACUGAACUGCGUCAGCACUAGACUCUUUACUUUUUCCUCGACUGUUAGUGAUAUAUUGUAAAUAGUUGAGCUCCGUAGUAUCGUGAGAUGUUUGUCAGGAUCAUUCCAGGUUAGUGCAGUCUUGAUCACUAACACCAACAGUCCUAAGACUGGCUACACUAACUUGGACGAUCAACAUCUACUAACAUGUAAAGAUAGAGAUAUUUGUGAUUCGGAAGUUUUGAUAUAAAUUUAUAAUAAUUUGGAUUUUUUGUUUUAAAAUAAUCAUAUGACGAGUAUCAUUUCAGUGUAAAUUAAGAUGUAUAAGUUCAGUGGCUAAAGGUGACCAAUCAUUGUUGAGUAUUUAUUUCACAAAAUUCAAAAUGUCGAAGAAGCUAAUUUCUCGAAGGAAGAAAGUGAGCUGAGAAAACUUUUUGUUUUUAUAACCGUCGCUUAUAGUUUCUAAGAUGUUCUCUACUCCAGAUUACGACCAAGAAAACAUAUUUAGAGAGGGUUUAGCAACGACUCCAUGUCGAAAGCCUUUGAAACUUAUUCAAAAAGAAAGUUUAUCUGGCACACCAGUAACGAAGAAAAAAGCCAGACCAAGAUCUUGUCACCGCUCCAAUAUCUCACGACAUGGAUUGGCAAGACAGCUUCAAAGAAAAAGUCUGCCGUUUGCAUUAUCUAAGCCAUUUUACAUAUUUGAAGAGGAUUCAAAGAAGCAACUGGCAAAUAGUAAUUUUACGGACAGUAUUUUAUCCGAAGUGGUUAAUGAUGACUUAAACAAAAUGGUUCAAAAUAAAGUUUCAGAAACGAUAAGGAAAAUAAGAAAGAAGUAUGAAGAGGAAAUUGAAGAAAAACAGCAAGAUAUAGAAGUGAAAACAAAGACAAUUGCAUGUCUUCUUUCAGAAAAUGAAAAGCUAAAAAAUUCUUGUAAUCAUGUUGGAACUGUGGAACAUGUUGUUGAUAAAGAUGAAGGAAGUAUAAUAUCAACGUUUGUUCAAGAAAUCAUCUCAAAUGCAAUCGAUGAGAUUAAAGACGAGCUUGAUAAUCCUGACCAAAAGUUUCCAUUAUGUGAUGGUUUAGCUUCUAUUCUUGAAGAGGAAAAAGGGUCAUCACAAUCACAGGAAACUCAAACGAAAUCUACAAAUAAGAAUGUCAUUAAAUGCAAGUAUGUUGAUGUAUCAACUUUUACAACACCAAAGCAAUGUACGUCCAAAGAGAAAUGUACUUCUAUCACACCAAUUCAAAGAAUGGAUAUUUCUAUAGAAACAUCUCCACUUGUAGCUGCCCUACAACCUGAAAUAAUUACCAGUCUUCCAUUUCACCGAUUACAAACAGAGUUAGAGUCCGCAGCAAUCAGCAAUGAGUUAUUGAGAGCAGAAUGUUCUCAUCUCAAUACAAAAGUUGAUGGUUUGCAGGCAACCUUGACUAAUGUUUCAGAAAAGUCAAAAUUUGAGUGUAGCUCCUUGCAAGAAAAGAUCAACAAUCUUGAAACAAGACUGGAUGAUGCUUUGGAGAAGAAUCAUCAGCUAGAAAUGACGAAGCCUCUAAAUGUUGAGGAAUAUGAUGCAACAAUAGCCACACUACAAAAGGAAAUUUUAUUGAAAGAAAAACAAAUGUUAUUCUAUAUAAAGAAAGCAUCAGAGACUGAAAACUUGCAACAAGAUUUAAGAAGAAUGUACAGCAAAUAUAACACUGAGGUAAAUCUCAGAUUUAAUAUAAUAAUUUAACAUAAAUUGCAUU